AAUCACGUUCGGCCCAGAGAAAAACAUAAUACAGUGGCUUCCGAGGCCUGGCUGACAUCCGGACACUGGGCAGGAAAAAAGCACAAGCAAAAUGUCUCGCCGGCGGCGAGGAGGCUCCGACUCCGACGGCGACGACGACAGCUUCCUCUAUCGCUACCCGCUCCCCUCCGCCGCCGCCUCUUCGAGUGCCUCCGGGGGAGGCGGCGGCAAGCCCCGGGGUGGGGGCAGCGGCGGAGGCGGGGGUUCCGGUGGCCUCGCGCCGUCCAAGUCGACGGUGUACGUAUCCAACCUGGACUUCGCGCUCACCAACUCCGACCUCCACCUCCUCUUCUCCCGCUUCGGCCGCGUCGCGCUCGUCACCGUCCUCAAGGACCGCGACUCCCGCCGCAGCCGCGGGGUCGCCUUCGUCCUCUUCGUCCGCCGCGAGGACGCUGCUGCCGCGGCCGCCGAGAUGCACGGCAAGGUGCUCAACGGGCGGACGCUCUCCGCCUCCAUCGCCUCCGACAACGGCCGCGCCGCGGAGUUCAUCCGCCGCCGCGUGUACCGCGACAAGUCGCGGUGCUACGAGUGCGGCGAGGAGGGGCACCUCUCCUACGAGUGCCCCCGCAACCAGCUCGGGCCCCGCGAGAGGCCCGCGCCGUCUAAGAAAUCGCGCCGCGGCGGCGGCGGUGGUCGAGGGGGAGGAGGGGUGGCCUGGCACUCGGACGACGACGAGGAGGCCGCCGCCACGGCGUUCGAGGACGACCGGUGGGCGUCGGUGGUGGAUACGAGGGGCGAGGAGGAGAAGGCUGCUGAGAAGGAGGAUGGGAAGGCGAAGGCGGCGAGGAGGGAGAAGAGGAAAGGCUACUUCAGCGACGAGAGUGACGAGGAAGACGACUAAGUUGACGUGCCAAAUGCUCAGCAAGUGAAAGCUUCUUAAAGAAAAACAGUCUUUAGGGUGCCUUUGGUUGGGCUUUUGGGAGCUGCUUUUGCUUCUCAAAAGCCAAAAGCCAACCAAAGGGCUACCCAACUCAUAGGUGCUUUGGGCAAAAGCAGCUUCCUCAUCAGUACAAAAUCCACAGCCGCUCAGCCCUGCUUCCUCCGGCUGUGGAACGGUAAUUUCAAAGAAAUUACCCACCUGCCACUGGUUAUGAGGUACCGAUUCGUUUUCUUUUCCUCGAUCUCCUCUCGGUCCUCCCCCUCGUUCCCGAUAGAACACAGAGGCGCGGUGGCGCCCCGCAGCCCUCUCUGGCAGCCCCCUCAACCGAGCUCUGGCGGCGCUCCUCUUCCAUCUCCGGCGGCCCCCUUCUCUCCCUCUGUCUUCUGGGCAGCGUGGCGGUGGGCAUCCUUGCGGGACCGGUGGCGGACACCCGCAGAUCCGGCGGCCGCCCUCCGUACUUCGGCGACGCCCAUCUUCGGACCCCCUCCUUUCCUCCCGGCGGCACAUCUUGUCGGCGGCGGCGCAAUAGGAGGCCGGCGGUGCUUCUGCUGCCGAGGCCAGGCAAUGCAACAGGGAAGGGGCUAGGGAUGGGCUCUUUUUCUCCUUCGGCGGCGCCCCUCCUGACUGGCGAGCACGAGCGCAGGGAAGGGGCACGACGGCCGGCAGGCGCGGGGACGGACCCCUCUUCUCCUUCGGCUCCUGGCCGGUGAGCACGAGCGUAGGGAAGGGGCGGCAGUGGCCGGCGGGCGCGGGGACGAGCUCCUCCUAGUGCUCCCGAGGAGGUCAACGCCGACAGCUCCAACGCGGGUCUUCGGCCGGCUUGCUCCCGAGCGGCAGGUCCUCGAGCCCCCAGAGGUUGGCGCGGGCGCGGCCCCUAUCCCGGCCCUGGUCUCGGCAGCGCAACCUCCUCCUCGAGCCCCCUCCCCUGACUGCGGCGAGCUCGACGCUGUCCCCGUCGAAGAAGAAGAAGGGCUGACGAGUGGGGUCCGCUCGUCAGUGAGAGAGGGAUAGGGUUGAGUAGGUAGACUAUGAAUGACAUGUGGGGUCCGCUCGUUAGUGUUUCCCAAAAGCCACAGCUCG